ACCUUGCAGUGCAGGCUGGUGGUACUAAUGUGGGUUGACAUUACAAGUAGUCCAUAGCUGGGAUACUGUAAUUGUGCAGUGUGAAUUUUAGUUAAGGAUUCAAGUUGGAUGUUAAUUAUUAUUGUGGCUUAUUUUAAGACGAAUUGUGUUUUAUUGUGUUUUUUUUAAGAAUGAAAACUUAGGGUAACUGUUAGGUGUGCAGUUGUGUUAGUUGUAAUUCAAGUUGGAUGUUGAUAUAAUUGUGGAUUAUAAUGAAGAUUAUUGCUGUCAUUAAUUGCAAAACAAACAUUGUGUUUCUGGCUAGUAAAUGCAUGCACUUUGAUGGUGUAAUUUUGAGGCUGAAUAUAUAGUAGACAUAAAACUGUGGUGGUGGUGCUACUUUUAAGAUGUCACUGGCUGUAAAGGCAUCUCACUGCACAGAAAUCAGGAGAUUUUCCAUACCCAAGGAGCAUGAGCAAGAGUUCUCCUACCUUGAAGAGAAACUCACAAACAUUUUCACAGGAAUGAAAAACAAGGACAUCCAAAUAUUUUGGAAGGACCCAGAUGGUGACCUAGUCAUGUUCUCUACAGAUGAAGAAUACAGUGAAGCUCUGAAGUUUGUACAUGACAACCUCUUCAGGAUUUACAUACAUUCCAAAGAAGCGCAACACCACAGCAAGUCUGUUCAGACCAGUAUAUCAGAGAAUAACAUUAGAAACUGCACCAGCUGUGGAGCACAAUUAAAAUGCCUGGCAUGCGAUGACUUCUCAAUGGACACCGCUAUCAGCAAUGUGGCGGAGGAAUAUGGAACCCCCACAUCCAGACAGAGUCCCAACCCUGGCAGUGAAAGGACAUUCAAACAGAGCCCCAACCCCACUGUCAGUGACAGAAAACCAACAAAGAGCUGGGAACAACACAAUGAAGCAAGUUUCUACUCACAGUCACCUGUCAUGUCACCCAAAACAAGCUUUAAAGAGUUCCCUAGCUCUACAAGCCUAUCAGGGGCCAGGAAGUGCCUGUCUAUGGAAGAGAAGCUAGUGAGGUCACUGUGCAAGCAGCCUGGGCCAAUGAUUGCCAUGCGGAAUGUACAGAGGCACGUCAGCCGAUCUACUGCAGAGAACGUUAGGGUCCAAAUGGCCAGUCUACAGAACAUGGGUUUUGGUAAGAUCAUCGUAUCCACACUAGGCAAAGUGCGGCGGGAGUUCAUGUGCAAGCCUGCGCCGUGCAGCAUUGCGGCCGAUGCAGAGAUACUGAAACUGGCAAACAUGUCUUUGGAAGCAUACACAGACAAGUUCCAAGAGAUGAAUGAAGAUUACAACCUUCUGCCAGACCACUAUCAGUAUGAACUCAUAGCAGAUUUGUUUGAACACAAAAUAAACUCCCGUAAUGACUCAGAUUUGUUUCAACCCAAAAUAAACUCCCAUUGUGAUUUGGCAUAUUUGAAUCACAGUGGUGCUGAUAGUUUUGUAGAGAACGAAGCCAGCAGUGUUGACAGUCAGGAGCAUUUUGUGAUUAAGAAGGAGAUUGUACAGUAUGACUAUGAACGAAGUGUUAACUUCCCAUCUGAACAGACUGACCCAUGUGAUUUAAGUAUUAAUGUUGCUGGUGUGUAACCCAACUGUGUGUCAUUAAUUUAAGGUGUUUAUAUGGGCCUACACUGGGAAAAAGGGUUUAAUGCAUGCACAUAAAAUGUGGUCCCAGAUCAGGGAUGACACGUUACGCUUUUAAUGAUUAAUAAAAAAUAUCUCUUCCAAGCAAAAGUUGAGUUUAGGCAGAAACUGUCGUCCCUGAUUAGCCUGAGGGGACUACACAGGCUAAUCUUAGACAACACUUUACUUACAUGCAUUAAGCCCAGUUUUCACAGUCAAGCUCCUUUAUAUUGUUUGCCAAUUAACAUCUUGUAAUUCUUAGUAUAAAUAUAUUAACUAAUGCAUUUUGUCCCAUCUA